CUCUUCCCUUCGGCGUGGGCAUUUGGACUAAACUGGCGGAUUGAUUGAUUGAUUGAUUGAUUGAUUGAUUGAUUGAUUGAUUGAUUGAUUGACGGAUUGACUGAUCAAAACUGGAAAUUGAUUUGGUUUGGAUGAUGGACUGGACUAGACUGGACUGGACUGAGUAGAUUGGCAUAUUUAUAUCUUUCCAUAGUAUCCCAUCUAUCCCUUUUGCAUGACUCGUGGUUCCCUUUAUUAUUUGUGGAUGUGAGGUUCCUUGGGUGCAAGCACUGUACUGUACAUCUGCGACUGCUUUAUCCAGCGGUCUUGACUACAUACGAUAUUCUAUAAAGCUUUGGUUGUACACAUUACACCGAUGUACCCCCAAACCCCAGCAAGCAUCUUAUCCUAUCCUAUCAAUUGUAUGCCAGCCAGCCAGCCAGCCACUGGGAUGCAAUAACUUCCAUCACCCUCUUCUUCUCAACCUCACUGCCCACUGCACCUUUCACCUCCACAAAAAUGCCCUUCCAAUCCCGCUGGUCCAUCGACAUCCCCAGCUGCCACCUCGCCACCCUCCUCUUCACCUCCCCAACCCACCCGCUCUCCCACACCCACCGAUGUUUCCUCGACGCCGCCCGCCCGGACACCCACUACUUCACGGAGCACUCGUUCCGCCUCUGGAGCCAACGGCUCGCCGCGGGGCUCCGACACGCCGGGCUGCGGCGCGGGGACCGCGUGCUCUUGUUCUCGGGGAACGACCUGUUCUUCCCCGUCGUGUUCAUGGGGAUUAUCAUGGCGGGCGGGAUCUUCACGGGGGCGAACCCCACCUUCGUGGCGCGGGAGCUGGAGUAUCAGCUGCGGGACUCCGGGGCGACGUUUUUGAUCUGUGCGCGGGGGAGUCUGGAGACCGGGCUGGAAGCUGCCCGGGGAGCGGGGUUGGGGUUGGAUCGGGUGUUUGUGUUUGACAGUGCGGUUUUUGAGGAAUGUGAUCAUCUGCAGAGCAAGAGCAAGCUGGACGAGAGGCAGGAUUAUCGCUACUGGGGCGAGUUGAUCGCCUCCGUCGAGGAAGGGAGUCGGUGGGCGUGGGACGAUCUGAUGAACCCCGGCGCGGCGGAUGCGCAGACGCUGGCGCUGAAUUACUCGAGCGGCACGACCGGUCGACCCAAGGGAGUCGAGAUCACGCACAAGAACUACGUCGCCAAUCUGCUGCAGUAUAAUUUCCUCUUCUACCUGUACCCGGACUGGGUGCAGCGGCUGGCGCGCGCGCGCUGGCUCUGUUUCCUCCCCAUGUACCAUGCCAUGGCGCAGAAUAUCUUCAUCGCCGCGGCGCUGCGGCGCGGCGUGCCCGUCUACAUCAUGCCCAAGUUCGAUAUGCUGAAGAUGCUCGAGUACACGGAAAAGUUCCGGAUCACGGACCUCAUCCUCGUGCCCCCGGUGGUCGUGGCGUUGGCAAAGCACCCGGCCGUCCGCAGCGGUAGGUAUGAUCUGAGUAGCGUGGAGGGGGUCGCCAGCGGUGCGGCGCCCUUGGGCGCGGAGGUCUGCGAGCAGGUUGAGAAGCUCUGGGAGCCGGGCCGGAUCACGGUCCGUCAAGGUUGGGGAAUGACCGAGACGACAUGUUCACUGUUGGGCUGGGACCCCACGACGAAGACACACCCAGCAUCGGUGGGUGAGCUGAAUGCGAACUGUGAAGCCAAGAUCAUGGCCGACGAUGACCGGACGGAGCUGGGACCGAAUCAGCGGGGUGAGCUGUGGGUUCGUGGGCAGAAUAUCAUGAAAGGCUACUGGAGGAAUCCCGCAGCAACCAAAGAAACCAAGACAGGAGAUGGAUGGUUGAAGACAGGCGAUAUUGCCUUCGUGGACGAUCAAGGUCUGUUCCAUGUGGUGGACCGGAAAAAGGAACUGAUCAAAGUCAAGGGAAAUCAAGUCGCGCCAGCUGAGCUAGAGGCGAUAUUGUUGGACCAUCCUGCAGUGGCCGAUGCUGCCGUCAUUGGUGUACCGAUGAAUGACGAUGAGCGCCCUCGAGCAUAUAUCGUGCUGAACUCCGGACAGAACGCCACCGACAGAGACAUCUUGUCAUUCAUGGACGACAAAGUUUCGCCGUUCAAAAGAAUCACCGGAGGAGUGGUGUUCAUCGACGCCAUCCCCAAGAAUCCAUCAGGGAAGAUCCUGCGAAAGAUGCUUCGUGAACGUGCUGAUGGAGAGAUGCAGCCGACUGCAAGACUAUAGAUUUCUCUCUUCAUUGUCCUUGUAUUUGUCCUGUUCUUGCUUCCUUUAUAAACACAGUAGAAAGCCUGUUUUCCACGCCCAGUCAUUAGCCAGAGAAGCUAUUGGAGAAUACAGAGAUCUCCAAUAAUGGUUUCGUCUCAUCUGUCCGGGGAUAUGGAACGCCUGUCGUGACUAUACGG